AUGCCAAGAUCUUUUCGUACAGGUACGCCAUUGCCAAUUGACACGGAGAUAGAGAAGACUGCAAAGAAGCUAAGGAAGCAAGCCAAGCUUCGUAAGAAGCAACCGGGUUCCGGGACUUCUUCAUCAUCUACUCCCCCGGUCAUCAACAUUUGGGAGGACAUACCCCUCUCAAGUGUAUCCACAUCAGAAACAGAAAGUCUCUCACUCUCAUCACAACCAUCCUCACCCAACAAUACCACUUCACCUUCUUCACCUGUUCAUAAUAUCCUAAACACUUCGCCUACAGAAACAUCACCCACUUCUCAAGCCAUGGCAGACAUCCCUGGAGGAAAUCCACCUCCAAACCCACCACCCGAACAAACCCUCCGCCAAUGGUCAAGACAAGAGGUUACUCAACAACCUCUUUGUAUCACGUAUCCAGCUGCCACAAACCUUGAACUAAAAUCCGGGCUUAUUCACUUACUCCCAACUUUUAGAGGAUUGGAGAAAGAAGAUCCUCACAAGUACAAAGCCGAAGAACUUGCAAAGGAGUGCGGUACAAACGAGGAGGUGCUGGAGAUUUUGAAAUUCAAGGAUGAUAAGCACGUGUGGAUUGAUGGAAGAGAAGUAGAGUCACCCACCACUAAAGCCAAAUUCCUUCCACCGGUGGAACAAGCACAAGAUUCGAGAGCAACAACUCCACUGGGCCCUAUAAAGCAAAUACAUGUCAAGAAGGAGAGCACUCAACUGGUCAUCAACUCAAAUAAAUUAUCAAAGAAGGAAGAGACUACAUCUUCCAAAAGACCAAGACAAACCAAAUCAUCCGCCCGCCGUCGGAAGCCUAGAUCUCCAUCACCUCCAUCCAGAUCUCCCUCACCUCCAUCUAGGUCCCCAACACCCCCAGCCGACCCGUCUCAUUUUGGUGUCGUAUGUCUUGGCCCAGUUCAACAAGGCAAACUUGAGUCAUUCCUUAAACGAGGUCAUGCCAUCCAAAAAUUCACGCAUGUUCCAACUUUGAAAGAGUUGCAUGUUUACAAUCAAGUCAAAACCCUGUUUCGCAACAUAGGGUGGCACGGCUUGUUGAGGGUCCAUGAAUUGAGCUAUAAAGUCCCAACUGCUGAGUUUCUAUCCUCAGUUUAUUUAGAUCAUGGGAUCCUCUACUUCCGUCUAAUGAAUCAAGACUAUGAGCUCUCCUUGGAUCAAAUCAAUGCCAUUCUCACCCAAUUACAUACAUAUGUCUCUAGCGCUGCUAAAGCCUCAUCACUUAUCCAUCCUGUGAUUAAGGUAGCUCACAGAAUCAUUACUUCGCUCGUCGCCCCUAGAGAGGAGCGAAGCACCAUUAGCGCGCUGGAACUUAAAAUCCUUUAUGCAAUGACCCAUCCCGAGAAUAACCUCAUUCCUCAUUAUGGUCGGUUUCUGUGCCACAAGCUCAUCCGCCUUAGCGCAUCCCGAUCAGGAAAGAUUGUUUGCGGGGGUAUUGUCAGCAUGCUCGCCAAGAGCGCCCACAUCCGAGCCCCAUACCCCAGUCCCCACCAGCCACUGCCGGGUGAGCCUUAUCUCACCACCGCUAUCCUUGAGUCCAUGCGACUCUUCCGCUCGGCAGGCGAUGGUACACACCACUGGACCGUGGGUCAAAAUCAUGAUCCCAAGCUCCUCAUCACACCAGAAAAUAAAGGCAUUCUUGAUUUCCGAAAUCCCAUUCAUAUGACUGAUUGGCAAAUCAUUCCAUACAUCUUCCCCCACUCUUAUUCCACCGAGGUCGAUGAGCAAAGCGAAAAAAACAAGGAAGAAGGUGAUGAUGAUGAAGAAGAGGAGGAGCCUCACCAUGCUUCUCCCACCGGUGGUGGCAGCUCAUCCCAUUUUGCUGCACCCCCGCCUUAUCAUCAACAAUAUAUGGACGAAUUCCAAUCAAUCCAUACCCGCCUCGACACCUAUCAGCAGGAUAUUACCAGCCUGACCCAGAAUUUUUCCACCUUCACCACCCAGUACGCUCGGGAUCAAGAGCGUCAACGCAAACAUGAGGAGGACUUCUGGGCUUGGACCGAAACCCCAGCUACUAUCCUCCUCCUCACCUCCGUUUUAGGUACGCCAUUGCCAAUUGACACGGAGAUAGAGAAGACUGCAAAGAAGCUAAGGAAGCAAGCCAAGCUUCGUAAGAAGCAACCGGGUUCCGGGACUUCUUCAUCAUCUACUCCCCCGGUCAUCAACAUUUGGGAGGACAUACCCCUCUCAAGUGUAUCCACAUCAGAAACAGAAAGUCUCUCACUCUCAUCACAACCAUCCUCACCCAACAAUACCACUUCACCUUCUUCACCUGUUCAUAAUAUCCUAAACACUUCGCCUACAGAAACAUCACCCACUUCUCAAGCCAUGGCAGACAUCCCUGGAGGAAAUCCACCUCCAAACCCACCACCCGAACAAACCCUCCGCCAAUGGUCAAGACAAGAGGUUACUCAACAACCUCUUUGUAUCACGUAUCCAGCUGCCACAAACCUUGAACUAAAAUCCGGGCUUAUUCACUUACUCCCAACUUUUAGAGGAUUGGAGAAAGAAGAUCCUCACAAGUACAAAGCCGAAGAACUUGCAAAGGAGUGCGGUACAAACGAGGAGGUGCUGGAGAUUUUGAAAUUCAAGGAUGAUAAGCACGUGUGGAUUGAUGGAAGAGAAGUAGAGUCACCCACCACUAAAGCCAAAUUCCUUCCACCGGUGGAACAAGCACAAGAUUCGAGAGCAAAAACUCCACUGGGCCCUAUAAAGAAAAUACAUGUCAAGAAGGAGAGCACUCAACCGGUCAUCAACUCAAAUAAAUUAUCAAAGAAGGAAGAGAUUCAACAAGGCAAACUUGAGUCAUUCCUUAAACGAGGUCAUGCCAUCCAAAAAUUCACGCAUGUUCCAACUUUGAAAGAGUUGCAUGUUUACAAUCAAGUCAAAACCCUGUUUCGCAACAUAGGGUGGCACGGCUUGUUGAGGGUCCAUGAAUUGAGCUAUAAAGUCCCAACUGCUGAGUUUCUAUCCUCAGUUUAUUUAGAUCAUGGGAUCCUCUACUUCCGUCUAAUGAAUCAAGACUAUGAGCUCUCCUUGGAUCAAAUCAAUGCCAUUGUGGGGGCCCCAACGGAAAACACAUUUUGCCCCACUGAUCCAAUCCAAGGAUACUAUGACAUGACUUGGUGGACCCAGCUCACCCAAUUACAUACAUAUGUCUCUAGCGCUGCUAAAGCCUCAUCACUUAUCCAUCCUGUGAUUAAGGUAGCUCACAGAAUCAUUACUUCGCUCGUCCCCCUAGAGAGGAGCGAAGCACCAUUAGCGCGCUGGAACUUAAAAUCCUUUAUGCAAUGA